AUGAGACAGAACCCUCCUGAUCCUCUGUCAAUGAUUGACCUACAGCCUGACAUGGACACAGCUUUGACUGCCACAGGAACUACCACAAAAGCUGAGACUCUGCUUGAAAGCACAGAAGUGAGUGGCCAUCUUAACUACAGGUUUGAUAGGCAGAAGAGCCAUAAUGAGAUGCUGUCAGACAUCUACGAUGGGGAGAAAAGUUGCACCCGCACCAUACAAAUACAAUUCCAAAAUGCAAAGCAAACAAUAGAAGUUCAAAAACAGAAAAUCCUUCACCUGGAGGAUAAGGUUAACUCUCUGACAGAGGAGAGAAAUUAUCUUCGUGCAAGACUUGAAGAUGGUAAGUUACCCUCCAGCCAGUCACAUUGUACCCUACAUCAGUGUUUUGGAACAUUUGCAGGUCCCUCAGAAGGGGUACCUACACAGACUGCAACUACAAGAAAGAGCAGUACUUCUGAAUCUUCAAAUUUUUCAACUUCCGAGUCCUCUGAUUCUAAACCCCCAAAACAACAAAAAAAAGAAAGGGUUAAGGAGAAACACAGAGCGAAAAGACAUAAGAAAUCAAAGAAAUUGACUUCUGACUAUUCCAACAGAGAGAAGUUUGUUUAUUUUAUUUUUUCAGUGCAUACCCCAGAAGAAUCGCUGAAGAGGUACUACAAGGUAUUAAACCUUGUAAAACAGGGCCUGAGUAAGGCAGAGGCCUACAACAGACUAAACGUUGACAGGAACACAAUAGUCAUCCAGGCUCCAAUUGCAGAGUUAGCAGCAGCUAAUCCAGAAUCAUUCCGCAAGCUAAGGCAGAUGUUUAAAAAGGGAGAUAGCAUCCUGAAAUUUGCCGCGAGCUGUCUUUGUCUUUGUAAAGAAAAGGCCAAUGAGGAUGUGAUUAAACAAAUGAAAGAGGCAAAUGACCUGCUUGACAUAAAUAAAAAAUGA